CCGUGUCCCACAAGAUCAUUAUACAUAAGAUCAGAAUCAGAAUCAGAAGAGCUUUAUUGCCAAGUACGAUUUGCACAUACAAGGAAUUUGUUCUGGUGUCAAAAAGCAAAGAUACCGGUCCUUUUUCUUCUUCUUUUUUUUUUUUUUUUUUUUACUUUAUUUUACCCUUUACAGCAGUAUAAAAACUGUUAACUUGCUCAAAUAAGAUGAGGUUGUGGUUAUAGAGGGAGCGUGUCAUGAGUAGGAGUGUCGUGAGCGCUGCAGGCUGCAGCCAAACCCUUCUCCAUUCACCGCCAGCACUACGCAGCUGGAUUAUUGCUUCAUUCUCGCUCUGUCCCUCUGCACAGAGACACUGGUCCUACAGCCAUGGAUUUGUCAGGACUCUUCGCGGUGUUUGAUUCGGGCUGGCCUCGCCUUCACCACCUGUUAGCUCUGCUUUGUCUCUAUGUCGUAGUUUAUAAAUUACGCGUCUUAUGGCUCCAAAGAAGAACCGAAUUUAGAAUCACGGAACACUUUCCCGGACCGCCGAGACACUGGCUUUGUGGAAAUUUACUUCAGUUUAAACACGAUGGGACCGACUUUGACUUGAUCCUGAAGUGGGCAGAACAGUAUCCUUGUGCUUUCCCAAUGGCAUUUGGUCCCUUUGUGUGUUUCCUCCACAUUUACCACCCUGAAUAUGUAAAAACCGUACUGUCAUCAACAGAACCUAAAGAUGACGUGAUAUAUAGAUUUAUUGAGCCCUGGAUUGGUAAUGGUUUACUGGUCUCAAACGGCCAGAAGUGGUUUCGCAACAGGCGUCUCUUGACACCAGGGUUCCACUAUGAUAUCUUAAAAUCCUACGUGACAUUGAUGUCAGACACUGCUACAACAAUGCUGGACAAAUGGGGAAGAUAUGCAAAUACAAACGAGUCCUUUGAGUUGUUUGAUCAUGUGAGCCUCAUGACACUGGACAACAUUAUGAAAUGUGCCUUCAGCUACAACAGCGACUGUCAAACUGAAGGUGGGAAAAAUGAUUACAUCAAAGCAGUGUAUGACCUUGCUAAUCUGAUAAACUUGCGGAUGAGGUUAUUUCCGUACCACAACGACCUCAUCUUCCACCUCAGCCCAACUGGCUUCAGGUUCAGGAAAGCGUGCAGGAUUGCUCACAGACACACAGCGGAGGUCAUAAGAAAGAGAAAGGAAGCACUGAAGGAAGAAAAGGAGCUGGAACGUGUGCGAUCCAAGAGAAUCCUGGACUUUCUGGACAUCCUUCUCUCUGCAAGAGAUGAGUGUCAGAACGGGCUGUCAGAUGAAGAAAUCCGAGCAGAAGUGGACACCUUCAUGUUCGAGGGUCAUGACACCACAGCCAGCGGCAUCGCCUUUAUCCUCUACUGUCUUGCCUGCCACCCAGAACACCAGAAGCUGUGCAGGGAGGAGGUCACUGACGUUCUGUGUGACAAAGACACCAUGGACUGGGAGGAUCUCAAUAAAAUUCCAUACACUACAAUGUGUAUCAAAGAAUGCCUUCGUCUUUACCCUCCUGUACCGGCAAUAGCCAGAAAAAUCACCAAACCCCUGAAAUUUUUUGAUGGCAGGACUCUCCCUGCAGGCUCCAGAGUUUCAAUAUCUAUCUUCAGGCUUCACAGGGAUCCAGCUGUAUGGGAAGACCCACAUGUCUUUGACCCACUGCGCUUCCUACCUGAGAAUAUCUCCAAGAGGUCACCUCACACGUUUUUGCCCUUCUCAGCUGGACCCAGAAACUGCAUUGGUCAGAACUUUGCCAUGAAUGAGAUGAAAGUGGUGGUGGCCCUGACACUGAAGAGAUAUCACCUGAUCGAGGACCCCACACAGAAACCCAAGUUAAUUCCUAGACUGGUGCUGCGCUCGCUCAACGACAUCCACAUUAAAAUCAAACGUGUGGAUCUGAGCUAAGUCGCUGAAUGAAGAACAUGUUUGUUUUUUAAAUGUAUAAACACAUGAGAGGUAAAGCUGUAAUCGAGAGGAAAUGUGUUGAUAAUUUUUAUCAAGGUGCGAGGUGUCAACUACCGUAGGUGUAUUGGAAGAACUGAACUUAAAGGGCUGUUUCACCCAACUAAGAGUGAACUUAAAACCAACCGUGUCUGUCCAGUAGAGGGAGGAUUAGGUCGGGGGCUACAAUAAAGUUUGAUCGUUUGAAUGGAGAUGUCAAGAUGGAAGGAGGAAGUGUGACUUAUAUGAAUAUAUAUAUAUAUGAAUAUAUAUAUAUAUAUAUAUAUAUAUAUAUAUAUAUAUAUAUAUAUGAAUCAAACAAUUGAAGAUAUCAAAUCACUCAAGCAACAUGUUCAUGUUUCUUAGCGUUUCCAUUAGGAACCAACCACUCGAUUCUUUGGUACAUUUCCCUUUGGGUACCAGAGUCAGGGUGAAGCUAGAUCGACUCCACCCACGACAAUCAGCCGAUUGGUGCGACAAAAAAACGUCACUCCCUCGCAGGGUGUUUUAGUAUCCCAUCAACUAAAAACAGUCGUUACAUUCUACGUCUACGUCAACUUCAAAUGUGAUAAUAAAAAACCUCCCCAAACUCAA